AUUGACUUUGUCUCCUCCUCCUUUUCUUCAGACCACUGCUACACCUUCACGGUGCAGUACAACCUCGACACCCUCCCCUCAGAGCGACUGGUGAGAGCUUCUUUUGUUCACCUUCGCUCUUCUCCGCCCUCUUCUUCCUCCACAAACUUGAGCAGCGAACAGGCCGUCCAGCCGCCCCGCUGCAGGGCUCAGAUCACCGCGCUGGGUGCAGAGAGUCUGGUCACCUUGGAGCCUCACGAGCGGUGGACGGAGACGGACAUCACUGCACACAUCAGCAGCCACGUCCUGCGUGGGAAGGAUCGAGGCCGGGGGAGGCACUUGACCCUCACUGCCCAGUACUGGUGCACAGAACCUGAGCUAGCUGAAGAGAGCAACGGCCUCCUGCGGUGGUGGAGGAUUCUGUCUCGAGGGAGGACACGCUGGAUCGGUGAACCUCACCUCGAAGUUCCCUCUCUUCUUCUGUACCUGGAGGAGGAGAGGGAGGUGAAGGACUGGAUGGGAGAACUGCUUGGCACGGAAGGGGAAGGCAUCAUGAGGCAAAUUGGGCAGUGGCAUUUUUCGCUUCACCGCCGCCGUCGCUCCAAAGAUUCUUCAGAGCCUCAGGAUCCUUCACUUGACGCACUAAAGAAUGCCCCCACUUCCUCUUCAUCUUUCUCCACCCCCACCUCAUCCUUGAUCGUCUCUGAUAUCCCCAGCUACAAACACAAAACCAACACACCCAAAAACCGAUGCAAGCUCCACUCUUUCCGCCUGUCUUUCGAUGAACUCGGCUGGGGCCACUACUUUAUCGCCCCGCCCGUCUACAACCCUCGGUUCUGCCAGGGCGACUGCCCGAGGGUGCUCCACUAUGGCUACCAUUCCCCCAACCAUGCCAUAAUCCAGACACUCAUCAAUGACCUGGGCGUCGGGGACGUCCCUCCUCCGUCCUGCGUGCCCUACAAGUACAUGCCCAUGAGCGUGCUGGUCGUGCAAAAGAAGAAGGUGGAGUACAAGGAGCUGGACGACAUGGUGGCAGAGUCCUGCACGUGUCGCUAGAGACUUGGAGGAGCACGUCUAAGUGAUUUAAAUAUGCUUUGCACUGUGGGGGAGGAAAAAGAGACUUAAAUAGAAUUUCUGAUGGGACACUGUUUUGAGCUUCAGCUUGGCAGCUAACCACAACAAGCUUUAUGCUGGAGGGAGGAAGCUGCUGUUGUGGUUUCCGUGUGGUUUCAUGGUCCCUGUUGAAGCAAGGUGGAUGCUGAAUGUGAAUGCGGGAUCUGCAGACAGAAGAAAGCCCUUACUUUCCAGUGUGCAAUGACUGUACUGUAAACCCUCUGUGGCCAAAAGCACUUUGUAGAUGAAUAUACUGCUGAUGAAAUUAUGGAUCACUAAAAAGCAGGUUAGGUCACCCUGAAUGAUUAUUAUCCCAAACGUCCCAAAAAUAUAACAAAUGUACAAAUACAUAAACUAACUUUGGGUAAACACCAGUCUACGUAUAAGAUUUAAACAGAAUAAAUGUAAAAUCUCAGUAUUCAA